AGAAAGCUACCCUGAGGAUAGAUGGUGACAUUCCUAGAAAUGAAAGUUCUGAUAGUGCUCUUGGAGAUAGUGAUGAUGAAGAGAGAUCCCAUAAUCCAUCUAAACAAGGACCUCGAAUGUUGUAGUGAGAGACGAGCUGGGGGGGCAAAGUUUGAACUUCCAACACCAAGCAUCAAAAUGAACAGCAAGCCAAGUCUCAAUAACUUUGGAAGAUCCUUGUUUGGCGGCUACUGUUCACAGUAUGUCCCAGAUUUUGUGUUACAUGGAAUUAGUUCAGAUGAGAAGCUGAAGCAUUGUUUAAUGGCAGACUUGGCUCAUGCUGUGCAGCAUCCUGUUUUAGAUGAACCCAUUGCAGAAGCUGUCUGCAUUAUUGCAGACACAGAUAAGUGGUCAGUCCAGGUGGCUACGAGCCAAAGGAAGGUGGUGGAUAAUAAACUAGAAGAGGUACUGGUCUCUAACUUUGUGUCCUGCCUGCUCCAGUCCAUUCUUCAACUCUAUAAACUACAGCUCCCAGCUGAUUAUUGUGUGAUUCAUCUUGAGGAUAGACUUCAAGAGCUGUAUUUCAAAAGUAAGAUGCUGUCCGAAUACCUCAAAGGCCACACUAGAGUCCACGUUAAAGAACUGGGAGUGGUGCUGGGAAUUGAAUCAAACGAUUUGCCUCUCUUGGCUGCUAUAGCAAGUACUCAUUCUCCAUACGUUGCUCAAAUACUCUUAUAAGCUGAAACUUCAGAAGUAAUUGUCCAGAAGGGACAAAAAGAAUCGAACUGUGAGCAUUGGAUGGCAUCAAGUUGGAAAAUAUUGUAAUGUAUAUUUACAACUCUUAAUCAGAAUGAUACAGGAUUGGAUCUGAAGUGUGCAUUUAAUAUACAGUGCAAAUAUUCCAUCACUUUUCGGACAUUUUGAGACACGAGUGUCUAUUGGUGAGGAAUUUUAAUGACUAAUGUUUGGGGUUUUCUUUACUAGUUAAAUUCUAAAAGUUGUUGCAAUUAAAGCAUGUAUUUCAAGCAGAACAAAAUUUUCAGAAAACAGGCCUGCUGUCAUGUCAUCUUGAAUGCUUGCUUCUGUUGUGUUUUGACUUUUGAAUCAUUUCAGCAAUUGCCUUAAUUGGUGCAUAACUGAGUGUUAGGAAAACUACAGAUAGCAUUCCUGUUCAGAAAUGUGUACAAUCACAUCUAUUAAUUCUACAUUUCUGAAUCACAUGGAUACUGUAUUGUCUUGCAAAAAAAACAAAGCAAAAAAAAAGUAGUUAGAGCAUUUGUUCCGUUUACAUUGUACAAAUAGUUUGACAAGUUCUUGUUUUGUUUGUACUCCUAUUUAAAGGGACAAAGAAGGCAUUUUUUAAAAAAACUUUUAUGAAUUAUCUUUAAAUGAGUGUUUACAAUGAUUAUAAUUUUAUACAAGUUAACAUUCUUGUAUUAAUUGAGCAGCAUGUUGGGACUAGUAUUGAUAUCAGCUUUGUACAGAAAAAUCACAAACUUUUAUGUUUAAUGGAAUUGUUAGAUGCAUUUCUGAGUCCAGGCUGACUUCAGUAAAGAAGUCUAUGAUGUUGAAUGACAGGAAUAUAAAAAUUGGGGAGGGGAAGGGAAGAUUUGUGUUCUGGUGUGUUGUAUGCAUACAGUAUGGACUUGGCUAGCGAGAAUUACAUAGAGGCUUCUUGAUCAAAAAUCUACCCAAUGAUGUAACUGCAAUUUAAGAAAUAGCUGGAUAUAUCUAAGCCAGCAUUGUUUCUUUGUAGAACAGGAUACUGAGCUCACUGGUGCAUCACAUAUGUGAAAUAAUGCUCAGAGGACUUUUGAGAUGAUCUCUCUCCCAUUUCACUUUACUGCAAAGGACCAGCCAAAUACCAAAAAAACCCUGUUUUACAAAUAAUAACUUUUUUGAUAAUUACUAGCUAGAGAAGUUUCAUUGCAAGAAACACAAAGCAAACGGCAGGUCAGCCAGCAUUUGUGGAGGUGAAGAGAAAUCAACAUUUCUGGUCAAGACCCUGCAUCAGAACUCAGAGGAAGACUUCUUCAGAGUUUGUUUUUUUUGUUCCAGAUUACAGCAUCUGCAAGCGCUUGUGUCUCCAGAGAAAUUUCAUUGUUUUCUUGCAACUGUCCAAAGAAAAAAUCAUCUCCUUUAUACUUUAUGUGAAAGGCAAAGUAUUGAGUGCAACAUAUUUUUUAGUUCUGCUCUGGCUGUGGGCAAGACUCCUACAUAAACAGACUUUUAAUAAUUUUUAUUACAACAGAUAUUUAACAAACUCGAAUUAAUGGGAAGAAUUCAAUCAAUUUUGAAACAAAUGUUGGUGCUUUAGUUUAAUGUUCACGUACGUUCAGGAGUUAAAAAGCUGGUACAGUAUUUUAAGUUUUCCUUCAGGCAUAAUAUUGUGAAAAAACUGGAGCUUUCUGGCAAAUCCUUAGAAACUGGAAAUGCAGCAUGUUUAAGUCUACAUGUUUAUUCUUGGACUGUUAUCGGUAUCAUGCCUGAACACACUGUUGCUCGAUAAAGCGAAAAUGGGUUUGCCCUUAAACUUUAAAGUGGUGUUUAAUAAAACGUGAAAAUCUGAGUACACCCGUGCUGCUGUUUGAAAGUAAAACACAUUUAAAUUUUCUUGCCAUGGAUACUUGUAAGUUACCAAUAAGAACAGCUGCAGAUCCAAAAUUUUGCAAUCAAAUAAACUUCAAAAACAAAUACUGAAUAUAUUCCAGCUGAAGUUUAACCCCAUUAAAAUCCCUUCUGCAGUGAUGAUAGGAACUGAUACUUCUAAUUUGAAUUGUAUACAUUACUAUGGUACAUGUAUGCAUCAACACAGGAGGACGUUAUCCGGCAUGUGUUUGAACCAUGUUGCGUAGGUGCCGUUUUUGUUACUUGCACAACAGGCCCAUUGCUGCUAUCUUGAAAACCCACUCUAGCUGCAAUGGAAAGUGAAAUGCAUGAGGAGUCAUGUCAUCCCAAAAUAGAUUGCAACACAGACAAAGCCUGGAUGAGGUUUCAGCCACUUGACUCAAAGAUUAAUAUUGGGAUUUACUGCAUAAGCUGGGUGAUCAGUAACCACACAUUUUGAUUCCUGAGCAUCAGAACUCUGAGAUGAAAAGGAUUUUGUUCUCAUUGAGUCAUGCAUCUAAAUCUUGUCACCGAAUCACUUUAGUGCCCCCGAUACAUUCUGUUUUGAAUACCAACACAGUUUAUUUUCUUUCCUAAUAUAGAUUUUUAGAGUGAUUCACUUUUUCUAGAGGCAUCUCAAAGCUGCUUUGAGUAUAAGGCAUCUUUUGAAUAUUUUUUCUCUCCUCAAUUUUGCACAUUGAAGAGUUGGCCACUUUUUUGUGGAGAAAAAUCUGGAGUCGCCUUGCUAAAUUCUCAAUUGUGUAAGUCAUUUUAAAAGAAAUUUGAAAUAAAAUAGCAAGUGAUGGAAACGUUCGGCAGGUCAGGCAGCAUUGGUGGAAAGAGGAACAGUUAACGUUUCGGGUUGCAGAUCCUUCAUCAGAACUAGGAAAGUGAGAAAGCCCUUGGAACAGAACACAAUUCCUUGAUAUUCCAUUACUUUUGCACAACAGUUGUGGCUACUAACUUGAGCUGCAGCUGAUCCUGCUCCUAAAAUGUCACUUAUUUUGAUUUGAUGUGUAAAUUCAUAAACCUAUUGUUGGAGAUUCUGGACAAUUAUGGAGUUUGACUGGGAAUGUCAAAAUCAUUAAGACCAUAAGACAAAGGAGCAGAAGUCAGCCAUUUGGCCCAUCGAGUCUGCUCCGCCAUUCUAUCGUGAGCUGAUCCAUUCUCCUAUUUAGCCCUACUCCCCUGCCUUCUCACCAUGCUGACUCUGCUAAAAUGUUUCUUAUGAUGUUUAUUGGCCUGGCAUAUUUGCUGGUUCUUCCAAUGUCCUCGAACUUCAAUAUUUUUUAAGUUCAUCAGGCUUAAAGCUUUCCGUAGAUCAUCUGAAUUUAAAUAUAGUAAAGAUAAAUUACAUUAAAUUUGUAUUUUAAUAUAUCUUAAUUCCCUUUUAUUUAUCCAUCAGUGUUGGCCAUUAUAUUGUAUAAAUUCACUUCUGAUUAAUUGAUGAAGAAUGCAAACCAAUGACCAAUGUAAUAAGUAUCCUGAAAUACUGUACCAGUAGCUAAACGUUUAGUUUUCAGUUGCUGGUAAUAUUCUCCCAAUAUAUAUUUAAAUUGUAAAAUUGUGAAUUACAGGAGUAAAUAUAUGUACUCAAUGAUUGCACUCAUAUAUGAAUGCCUUGAUUGUCCCUUUAUUGCUACACUGUAGUUGGAGCAGAGUUUAGUACUCUUGUUGUUCAUUCAGUCUGUAUCUGCAAGUAAAUCCUAUAAAGGGGGAUGUGGUUACGUCCUUUUUCCUCUCUGUAAUCUGCAAUAGUUAGAACUAUAUUUUAGGGGACUUACAUUGUUUCCUGCUUAGAUUGUUGUAAAUUCCAAUAGGGAUGUGGUUGUGUUAUUUAUGUUUUGCAUCUUAAAAUUACUGCUGUCCUGCCUCUAAGUGGUAGUAAAACAAAUGCUGCAGUUACUCUGCACAACUUUGUACAUUGCUAAGUUCUCCUUGUGUAAUUAAUUGGCUGGUAUUUAGCAUGUUUAGCAGGCUUUUCUACACUAUAAAUGUCAAAGCUUAAUCUCAAUACACCAGUUUUCAGAUAUGGAGAAACUGAGAAGCCUAAAGAUUUUCAUAACUAUUUUUGUAAAAACAAAACACUGAAGUGCAUUUCUGUUUUAAGUGGGAAUUUAAACUUGCUGAAAAAUUGAGAAAUGCUACUUGUUAAAACUACCUCAGUUGGCUGACAGGAAUCCAAACUUCCUUUGUUUGCAAUGUCUUACCUUUCCAAAUUUGUCUGUGUGUUUUUGAAUUUUGCUACAAAAACAAAUUCCUAAAAUGAUAUGUGGCAUGAUGAGAACGUUUUAAUUAUGCUAGGCAUAAUUUUUGGUGCAGCUUUUCUGUUGUGAUAUCUUAAAAUUUGUGUUGAAUGGAUUUUAAAAACACUGGUCUGCAUGGAAAAUAAUAGUUCUUGAAUGUAACUUUUUAGUACAAAUGGCUGACAAAGGUGUUACUUAAUUUGUCAUUAUUGUCCUUAUCAGUGUUGAUAUUAAAAUGGUUUAACUCUAACGUUCUUUAGACUCAUGAAAUCCUAUCCACCAAUCCCAGCCAGUUGCAUUUUAUUCUGGAAGCUACGUGGUCUGUGAAACAAUAAAUAUGCACAAUAUUUUGUCAUGCCUAAUGUUGAUCCUUUGGUAUUUUGGCAUCCUUUUUUAAAUUUAAGUGUCAAAUUGACAUAAAGCUUGUUUAAAUUCCUGUCCAUCGUUUAAAACAGCAACGAUGCCAUAAAGGAGAUGGUGAGACAAAUCAUUCUAAGAUCCUUGUAGCUUUAAGAAAAAGUGUCUUUAAAGUUUGGCAAAGAAUUAGAGGUUUCAGAGUAAAAUGCAACAUGGGUUUUUCAUGUGCAGCAAACUUGUACUGUAUACCAUGUUGUCAUUGUUAUCUAUUCAGUUCUAUGAUGAAGGAUUGAAUAGAAUGUCAGAAGUAGACAUUUUCAUGCGAAUGUCAAUGUAUCAUUUUGAAUCUUUUUAUGUGCAAUAAAGCAUUGGAGUAUAAA